AUGUCAUGUAAAGGUCGAGAGCGUCUAGUGCAUGUUCUUGGAUGGACUAAGCAUUGUGGGCUUGGAGCAGGGUUCUUCGACUGGUCGGGCCGCCGCCCGCGCUACCGCCACACGCGGGUCGUCUACCACGCCGUCUUCGGCCUCCUCGCCUGCGCGCACCGCAACGCCGUCCUCCUCCUCGACUGGCUCCGCCUCUUCUCCGACACACCAGCCACCGGCGGCCACCUGCGCUUCCACGACACGCUCGUCGUCGGCUACGCUGUCGCGGGCGACCCGCAGCGCGGGCUCAACGUCCUCGGGCGCAUGCGCUUCCGCGGCCUCGACCUCGACGCCGUCUCAUCACGCAUCCUCCUCAACUCCCUGGUCGAUGCGUCGCUCCACGACCUUGCCGAGUCCUUCGCCCGCAACCUUGCCCCCAGCCCCUUUGCUACAUGCGUACUCAUCAAGAGCCACUGUCGUCGCGCCCGCCUCGACGAUGCCGUCGCUCUCCUUGACACCAUGCCGUUUGCUGAUGCAUCCCGUGGCCCUGCGGCUGGCUCCAUCUUCACUGAGUUCUGCCGCCGUGGACGUUUUGCUGAGGCAGCCCAGCUCGUUGAUAACUUUCCAUCCGGUAAUGUGUAUGGUGCGUGGAUCCAUGGACUCGGUGAGGCUGGAAAGCUUGAUGCUACGAUGAAGUUCCUGUCUGAUAAGAAGGAAAGUGAAGGCUACAUCCUUGAUGGGAAGCGGUGUGACCAGCUUGUUUAUCGCUUGCUUGUCAGGAACAGACUUGGCGAAGUGUAUGACUUACUUGUUCAAAUGAUGGAGGAGGGCAUUGAUCCUGGCAUAUCCACCAUGAAUGCUGCGCUUUGCUUCUUUUGCAAGGCUGGUCUUGUCGAAGUAGCCAUGCAUUUGUAUAGGUCGAGGAUAGAACUUGGGAUCGACCCAAACAAGGAUGUCUACAAUAAUCUGAUCAGGGCACUGUGCCAUGGUGGGGAGACAGAGGAAGCAUGCCUGUUACUGGAGGAAGCUAUGGCAGGAGGGUACUUUCCAGGGCGUCAGACAUUUUCCAUGCUUGCAAAUGUGCUGUGUCAGGAGGGGAAGCUGGAUAGGGUGCGGGAGCUGCUAGACAGGGCACUCAAGCAGGAAGUCUGGACAAUCGGCUCUGUCUUGGCCAAGUACCUCGCGGCACUAUGCAAGAGUGGGAACGUGGAGGCGGCAUGCGAAUUGCCUCAGAUAGCAAGCAGCAAGAGCCAUGUGGGCUUAUAUCGCUAUGAGUCAACGUACAAGAGCUUGAUUCGAGCAUUAAUAUUGAUUAAGAGGGUGGAUGUGCUGCCAAGGCUCAUACUGCAAAUGCAAGAUAUGGGGCACAUCCCAACCCGAAACCUCUACCAGUCAGUUGUAUGUGCUUUGUGUGAGUUGAAUAGGUAUACCGAGGUUCUUGAUCUGUUAGACAGCCAGUUGAAGCGGAGUGAGCUCCAACCCCGUGUGUGCUACAACUACUUUAUUUCUGGUGCUGGUCAUGCCAAGAGGGCAGACAUGGCCAAGGCAGUAUAUGACCGAAUGGAGGUUUCAGGGAUUGAACCAUCAAUGGCAAGCAACAUCCUUCUUCUCAUGAGUUAUCUAAGGAGCAAACGUAUCGGGGAUGCACUUAGUUUUUUUAACCUCAUUUGUGAGAAGAAAACACCUUGCACCAGAGAUUAUGGCACUGCUGUAAAGGUUAUUGAUGAUUUCAAAGAAACAGGUCGCCCUGUUUCAGCUUUCUUGUGUAACGUGCUUCUCUUGCACACAUUGAUGGGCAACAACCUUCUGAAGGCUUUCUUACGUUCAAGAGAUAAAUCAAAGCCUCUAGAAGUGAAGGGUGAAGAGAUCCAAGGUCGGGAGGCAGGAAGGCACUUGAUUGGUGAUCUAGUUUCCUUGUUUGCAAGUGGUAUUAGAAACAUGAGUGACUUAGAGCAUUUGGGAGAGGAGAUGGAAAAGUAUUUUCCUGUUGAUAUUUACACUUAUAACAUGCUGUUACGAGGGUUGUCUAUGGCAGGAAGGAUGGACUCUGCCUGUAAUUUGUAUGAAAGGAUAUGCAGGCAGGGGUAUCAUCCAAAUCGAUGGACUUUUGAUAUAAUUGUGCAUGGUUUCUGCAAGAAUGGUGACAGAAAUGAAGCUGAGAGGUGGAUGGAUGCAAUGUAUCGAAAUGGUUUCUAUCCCACUUGGUACACUAUGAGGUUAUACAACAAUUUAUUGUUGCGAGCAAAUGAUCAGAAGAUCAUUUCUUUUGUAUAA